GGGAGGGGGGACUAAUAAUGGAUUUCCUCCUUCUUACCCUCUGGUCCCUGAUUGGCUCAUCUGGCGUCUUAUGUGCGCUGAGCCUUGAGAAGUUAUGCCAGGGAGCAGACGAUUGCUGUCGGAGGAGCUCGGAGGCUGGAAAAAGUGAGAAAUUGUGCUUUCUGCAGAAGCACUGCUUGUGCCAGGGCUGGCGCGCGUUCGAAAACUCCAGGAGGAGUGAGGAAUGGAAAUGGUCACAAACGAAAACUCAGAUCCUAUCGGCUAUAUCUGGCAUUCAUACUUCUCAUAGGAAAAUUACUUUCUUUAUGAAAGACCAGUCACUGAUGAGAUAAUGCAACAGGAGGUCAGGCCCCUUUUGGCGAUCAACAUCAUCGAGCAGCUCCACCGGCAGUUUGCCCUACUCACUGGAGGAAGAGGAAAAGAUGGUGACCCCAUAAUCACACUCCCAGAGUUCUCUGGCUUUGGUAACAUCUCAGAAGAGGAUUUCCUCAAUGUUAUCACGUACCUGACCAGUGUUCCCAGUCAGGAAGCGGCGAGCGUCGGGUUCAUCGUAAUCAUCGACCGCCGCAGGGACAAAUGGAGCUCUGUGAAGUCAUCUCUGGCCAGAGUCGCGGGGGCGUUCCAGGGAAACCUGCUGCAGGUCCUGGUGCUGCGGCCUUCCCGAUUCCUCCAGAGGGCUAUCGCUGACAUCGGCAUCCGACUGCACCGGGACGACUUCAAGAUGAAGGUUGUCAUGCUGAACUCACUUUCCGACCUCCACGGAUACGUCGAUAAGGCCCAGCUAACGCACGACUUCGGGGGAACCUUGGAGUACUGCCACAGCCGGUGGAUCAACCAUCGAACGGCCAUUGAGAGCUUUGUGGUGACAAUGAGGUCUACAGCUCAGAUACUGCAAAACUUCACCGCCGAUCUAGCCGACAUCCAGCUCCCCGAUGAUGCCCGGCACACCAAGGACCUACUGGCCACCCACACUGAGAAGUACAAAAGGGUGAAGGAUGAACUUAAUCUUGCAAUGAAACAAGGAACUACUCUCCUUUCCUCUAUCAAAGAACCUGCCACCAAAAACACAAGCUGUAAGCUUAAUCCUGACGAGGAAGAGAAUAUAGCCACAGUUGAGAGGUUUCUGGUGCAGUUGGAGGAGACAGGUACCACAUUUGAAGAGUUGUGGUUAAAAAACCGCUUGAAACUAGAGCAGUGCCUGCAGCUGAUGAACUUUGAGCGAGACUGUAGAGAAGUGAAAACUUCAUUGGACGGUCUAAUGAGGGCACAGGCAGCCUUUUUGGACUGUGGCAGCUCUGCCAGUCAAGCUGAGCAGCUGUUACAUGAACUGAAGGCCCUUGAUGAGAAAGCUCAGGAAACCUUGGACGCGGCUCACAGGCUGGCUUUGCACGGCGACCAGCUGAUCCAGAGCGACCACUACGCCGCCGACCUGAUCCGGCCCGCGUGCGCCGAGCUGAGGCGCAUCUGCGAUGACUUCACCAACGGGGCCAAGCGGAAGCAAGGCCUGCUCAGGAAAUCCCUUGAAAUCCACAGACGGAUAAACGAGGUGAACAACUGGUGCGAGUCAGGUGUGUACCUGCUGGCCUCCCAGGCAGUGGACAAGUGCCAGUCACCCGAAGGGGCGGAGACAGCGCUUCAGGACAUCAGAAAGUUCCUGAUGACCACCAGCGAAGCCCAGCUGAGUGGCCUCAAAGACCUGCGUGACCAGUAUGAGGUCAUUCUUACUGCAGAAGUCAAGAUAAGUGUACAGAAGGCCCUUCGGAGGCUUGAGGAUGUGCAGGAGAUGUUCGAGAAGAGGCAGGCCAGCCUGAGGAGGCUGUCGGCCAAGCAGACCCGGCCUGUGCAGCCUGUUUCGCCCCGCCCCGAAUCCUUCCCAAAAUGCUCCUUGCCGCAGUCACCUAGGGACACCGGACCCGCGCCGAACCGCAGAGGUUCAGAGAACUUGAGCACUCCAAAACAGCCUGCUGACAGUGAUCUGCUGAAAAAGAAAAGCUCACGCAAGACAAGAGGCAGCAUUAAGAUUGAAGUUAUGCUUGAAGCCAGCCAAGGAGGAUCGAAUCAUGCACUGCUGACCAAUGAGACGGAGGAAAGCCUGUUGAAUAGACGGAGGCACAUCCUGAAGGAGAUGAUUGAAACAGAGAGAUUGUACGUGGAGGAGCUUCAAAGUAUCAUUGAGGGAUAUGCUGCUAAACUGGAGAACACAGAGUUAUCUCACCUGGUUCCAGUAGCAUUGGAGGACAAAAAGGAAGUGCUUUUUGGAAACCUCUCUGAAAUCUAUGAAUUUCACAACAGGACAUUUCUGAAAGAGCUUGAAGACUGCAAUGAAAAUCCAGAAUCAGUUGGGACAUGUUUUUUGAAAAGAAAAGAAGACUUGAAGAUUUAUGAGAAGUACUGUCAAAACAAACCUCGUUCUGAAGCUCUUUGGAGGCAAUAUGGCGACAGUACAUUCUUCCAGGAAUGCCAAAAAAAGCUGGACCACAAGCUCUCCCUGGAUGCAUACUUACUGAAGCCUGUGCAAAGAAUCACCAAGUACCAGCUGAUGUUGAGGGAGAUGCUCAAGUGCAGUGAGAGCGCAGAUGGCGCGGUGGAGCUGAAGGAUGCCCUGGCGACAGUUCUGGACAUCAUAAAGUCAGUCAAUGAUUCUAUGCAUCAGAUUGCCAUCACAGGGUUUGAGGGCAACUUGAGUGACCUCGGCAGGCUCCUGAUGCAGGGUUCCUUCAGCGUGUGGACCGACCGCAAGAAGGGCCACAGCAAGGUGAAGGACCUGGCCCGCUUCAAGCCCAUGCAGAGGCACCUCUUCCUCUACAGCAAGCUGCUCCUCUUCUGCAAGCGGCGGGAAGAGCCCGCGGAUGGGCGGGAGAAGUCUCCCUCGUACAGCUUCAAGCACUCACUGAAGAUGAGUGCGGUCGGGAUCACAGAAAACGUGAAGGGGGACGCAAAAAAGUUUGAAGUGUGGUACAAUGGAAGAGAGGAAGUCUACAUUAUUCAGGCACCCUCCAUGGAGGUGAAGAACAUGUGGGUGACGGAGAUCCGGAAAGUUCUGACAGGACAGCUGGAGGCCUGCAGAGAGGCAAGACAGCUGCACCAAAGAAUCGGCGACAGUGUUUACCACACUUCUGUCGAUACGUCCAAUGCAAAAAACGUGGGAAGAGCGUCCCUAAAGCAGGCGGACUCGCCCAAUUCCAAGGCGGGAACCAGAAGGGGGAGCCCCAGCCUGGCCCGGAAUCAGAGGACAGGGUGGGGCCGUAGUCCUAGUAACGCAGAUGACUCGGUCCCCGUUCCGUCAAGCGCGGAUGAGCUCUCCAACUCCUCCGACGCCGAAGACGAGAUGAGCAACAAAAGCGAGGACCAUGGUCGGUUUGUGGUUCAGCUGAAGCACAAGAUGAAAGCGCCACAGGAUCUUCCUCUGGAGCCGGGGGAAUUAGUGGAGUUCCUGGGGGAGGCGGAGAACGGGCAGUGGCUUGUCCAGAAUGUAGCUACUCAGAGGAAAGGUCUGGUUCCAACCAGCAUCCUGAUAUCUGCUGAAGGAGAGUCUAUUUACAGUAACACUGAUAUCUUCAGCAACGUAUGCACCGCCGCAUUAAUGGACAUGGAGGAUGCGGAGAACAACAUUUUGGGGAGGACAAGCUGACCUUCUGAACCCAACAUAUUCCCCUGUCCUCCAUUUGGCUUUGUUUCCUCUGACAAGGAGUUGGAGAGAUUCAUGCUCCAAUUUCAAUUUUUCUGUUCACCAAUGGGUGAACUACAAGUUCCUGCCACGAAUAUGUGGCACUGCUGUACCUACCAUACUGUGCUUACUAAGCCUGAAUAACUACUGAAGUCUCAACCACAUAUGUGGGAACUCAUUUCAUCUUUCUCGACAACACUUAGGAACUACAAGUCCCAGUGACAUGAGUUAAUUACUUAUGACAGUACCCAAAAAAACAAUGAUUGACUGUGGAUUUUUAAACUGGAUUUAUGUUUCAUUAGCAAUGUUGGUCAUGCUUUGAGAUACAGAGCCUUUGCUGCCGCUGGGGUGAGUUCAUUGUGAAAUGGAAUAAUUGUGGAAUACAGGUGGCAAUGUGGAUUGUUCCCAUGACAUUGAUGAAACUUGAGCACAGCCUACAAGUAAAGCAGCUUGGACCAGAAGCAGUGGUCAAUCUGCAGACAGACCUGCAUGUUUGUGUCUUCUUAAAUUGUUUUAAUAGCUGAUCAGCAAUCUGCCUGACUGGAAUGACUGAGUGGUAUGGGUCUAAUGAAUGAAUGGUUUCUUUUUAUUCAAUCUUCAGUUUCUGUUUGUUCAGUUUAAUUUUUAUUUUAUUUAUUUUAUUUUUUUUGGACCAAUAGUGAUAUGAAACAAAACCAACAGCAUUAAGCAAUUGUGACCCUUUGAAAACAAACAUUAUCUUCUGAAUUAAAAAGACAUUAUGGCCCACACAGUCUUGGCCCAAGCUCAUAAUUAUGUUUGCUGUUAUUCCUAAGGGUAAUGUCUAAGUGGCCUUGGUCUCGAACAACAAUGAUUUGGAUUACCUGCAACCAAGAAGAAAGCUGUCAGCAUAGCUGGUUUUUAUAUUAUUUUUUAAUACAAUGAAAUGAAGGUGAUUCGUAUCAUUUACCACAAUGUAAUACAAAGCUCUGAACAAAUUUAAGAUAAAUUGAAAUGACUUUUCCCUCCAAGACUGUAAAAUUGUAAAAAAAUAAAUAAAUAAAAAAAUAAAAUAAAAUCAGGGCUUAUAAAUGAGACAUGUUGUGCUCCUGGGACUUAUUAAAAGUGUUUCUCCCCAAAAGAAGUAUGACAUAUUUCUAUUUUUUUCUUUCCUCUAUGCUGUGUAUGUAUUUAAAAUGCAUAAUCAAUACUGUCAUUUAUAAAGACUUCAAAUUGCCUUUCUGCAGUUUGUUCAUGUGAGGAUAAUGUCAUUGAAGAACAUUUUGUAUAUGUUUUUUUUUCUGUAUAUUUUUAAAUAUAUUGAGAAAUGCCCUCUAUAAUAAAAUGCUGUAUUUGUGUUUA